CGAUAAUUUGAUUAAAUUACACUGAGUUUGGUAUAAAUUGAUCAAACAAUUUGUCCAAAAUUUCAUUGUCAACUCAACAAACAAUGUCAAAAGUAACCUCUAGAUCUAUGAUUUUUGUAGCAGUAAUUGCUGCAGUUUUGGGAAUAUUGAGUACUGUACCAGUACCUCAGAAAGUCUUUGACUUUAAUUUGCAAAAUGGUUUUCCUGGUCAAGGUUAUGGAUUUCCAGCGGGUAAAUUUGGAUUUUCAGUACCAGGUUUCCAAUUCAAUGCAAACGGAUUCAACAGCUAUCCAUUUAACUCAUUCUCAGUUUUAGCAAAUGGAAGCAUAUACAAUUCAGCAACAGGAAAUAUGAUUAAUGGAUUUUUAGUUCCCAGCACUAGUAAUGGUAAUAAUAUUAAUUUUGCUUCAAAUCCUGGAGUUGAUGUUCGUGUUGGAUAAAGUUGAAGUAUGAAAAAUAAAAUAAAAAUUGCG